AUGGCGAGUAGAAGGCGCAUGAGGCUCACUGCAUACUUAUUAACUGUCAAACAGCGAGAGGAUGAAAGUUUGAAAGCAUAUUUAACACGCUUCAAUAAAGAGAAAAUGACAGCUGAUAAUCAAGAUGAGAAAAUCAUGCUAGCAGCGUUACUAGGAGGUAUUUGGCCAAGGAGCCCUUUUGUGGCUGAGCUGGCCAAAAAAACUCCUUCCACUUUACGAGAGUACAUCGACAUGGCUGAUGAUUUUGUUAAUAUUGAAGACACUCUGAUCACCUUGACCACCCAACCAGAAAGAAUGAGUGAAUGGGAACUGAAAGGAGGACAGAGAAAAGACUGA